AUGGAAGUUACAUCAAGUUUGUUAGAAAAAAACAAAAACCUUGUGGAUAACACAUCUGAGGUUCUUCCAAGAACUAGAAAAUUUUUUGUUUCAUCAAUUGGUAAAGCUCAUUUGAUAAAUUCGCUAUAUGGAAUAGGUUAUACCAUACAAAUUGCAAUGCUACCAUAUUUGUUAAUUAGCUCAAAUGCAGGAAUUGAACACAAUGGUUACUUAUUAACCCUGUUUUCAUUUUUGCAAUUUAUUGGUUCCAUUUUUUUUGGAAGAUUAGCAGACAUUUGGGGAGUUAAAAAAUCGUUUUAUUUAUCUUUGUCUUCCUCAAGUUUAAUGUAUCUAUUGUUAAUGGUAUGUGAAUCUACAUGGACAUAUUAUAUUAGUUUUUUGCCAUCGUUUUUUAUGCAAACAUUUCAAGCAUCAUCCAUGUUAGUAUGUUUAAAAACAGAUGAUGAUAAAAGAACAGCAGCAAUUGGAUAUUUAAAUUUAAGUUAUGGAUUGGGUAUAAUCUUUGGUAGUUUUCUAGCUGGUAUUAUGGUUAAUUUUUUGGGGGCAAGAGGGAAUUUACUUAUUGCUUUAAUUUCACAAAUAUUAGCAUUGUAUGUAUCAAAAAGUUUACAAGAGGAUCCUAAAUUAUUAAAGAGUGAUAACACAGAAGAAAUAAAAAUUAAUAAUUUUUUUAAAAGCAUUAAAAAUGAAUUUGGAAGAGUACUAAAUUUAUUUAAAAAAACUUACGGAAUUUGUUUAUUAAUUAUUUUUGGUUUACUACCUAUAUUAAUGACUAAAUUUGCUUUUGCACCAGUUGUUGUUGAUAUGUUUAAAUUAACACCGUCUCAUACUUCUUAUUUAAUGACAUAUGCUGGUAUUUUAACAAUUAUAGCAGAGGGAGUUUUUGCUCCUUAUUUAAGUUCAAUAUUAGGAGAUAUAAUUUGUUGCAAAUUUUCAAUACCAUUAACACUUGCAGGAUUUUUAAUUUUAUCAUUAUGCGGAGCACAUGAAGCACUUGUAAUUAUAUUUAUGUCAAUACCAUUAUGUGGAGGUGCAUUAUUAUAUAUAUGUGGGACUAGUCAAAUGACAAAGAGAGUAGAUGAAUCAGAACUUGGAUCAAUUAUUGGUUUAAAUACUUCAAUUUUUUAUGCUAUUACUAUAGUAGCACCAUAUCUAGCUUUCAAGUCGUAUAUUGCAUUAGGCUUAGGAUUGUAUUGGUUACUCUGUGCUUUCAUAUGUUUAGUCUUAACUAUAUAUAUUUUUAUUCUUGACAAAUCAACAUUCCAAAUUUUUAAAGAUGAUAACGAUAGCAUUGAAACAAUGUUUUCCAGUAUUAAGUUAGUUUUAUAA